AUGACCUCCGACACGCUCACAGCUUACGUCUCCCUCACCCCCGUCGCCGAUGCAGUGCCUAUCGAACGCAUACAGCGCAAACCGGACUGGAAGAAGCCACCCCCACAACAUAUCACCUCCGCGUCUCUCACGAAGAGCAAUAUCGGUACCGUAAAACGCAUAAAUCAGGUCGUAUUUCCCAUAUCUUACUCGGCAAAGUUUUAUGAUGAGUCGCUGGCAGCAGAUAUGGAGGAGUUCAACCGAUUAGUGUACUGCGCCGACAUCCCCGUGGCAUGCAUAUGCUGUCGGUUGGAAAAGAUGCCCGGGUCCGACUCGGCCAAGCUCUAUAUAGCAACAAUGGCGGUUCUUGCUGCAUAUCGAUCCUUAACAAUAGGACACCAGAUGCUCUCUCUCGUUCUGCACGCUGCUGCUAAGCAUAAAUCUCCCAAAAUUUCGUCUGUGUAUGUGCAUGUGCAAGUCUCCAAUGAGGAAGCACGAAAAUUCUACGAGCGGGAAGGGUUCACGGUCAUCAGCGAGGUGAAGGACUAUUAUAGGAAGAUUACUCCUAAGGAGGCGUGGUUGAUGGAGAGGGAAAUAACGCCUGAUGAUGCGGUACACAAGGAGGAUGUGUAG